AUGUCAUCGGCAGCGGCGGGCGGCGCCUCGUCGGCGGUGGCUCGUCCUGUGCGACGGCUGCGCCUCAACCUUGUGAAUCCUGACCUCAUCGGCAGCGGCGGGCGGCACCUCGUCAGCAGCGGCGGGCGGCGCCUCGUCGGCCUCCUUCCUGUGCGACGGUUGCGCCUCUAUCCUAUAGGCGCAUCGACACAAGGACCGACGGAAUACGGAUCCAACCCAAGGAGUUUCCCUACCCACACUCCAGGAGUUGUUGCAGCAGGUAUCGUCAUGCAUGGUGGCUAUCGUUUGCUGGAAAAAUACCGGCUCGGCAUUCUGCACGUCGCCCAGAUCCGAGGAGGAAGAUUGAGCAGCUUUGAUGCAGGUCGAGCACAGAUCAGAUUGGUGUCGGUGUCGAUUCAUGCUAGGGAGCCUUAUGUACUGUCGGCAUCCUAUGACCUGAUAAUUAAGCUGCGGGACUGGGAAAAUGGCUGGAAGUGCCGUCAGGUGUUUAAAGAGGAGCACUCCGGUUCUGUCAUGCAAGUAGCCUUCAACCCCAAAGAUACCAACGUUUUUGCCGGUAUUUCCAAGGACAUGACACUCAAGAUUUGGAGUGUUGAUUCUCCCCGUUCUAAGCUCACAUUGGCUGGCCAUGCAUCCAUUUUGAGAUGUUUGGAUUACUUUACUAGUGGUGAUAAACAGUAUGUGGUCACAGGUUCUGAGGAUGGCACUGCCAAGAUCUGGGAUGUGCAGAACAAGCGUUGUGUUCAAACACUCGAAGGACAUGCAAAUAGAGUCAGCGCUGUCUGUUCACAUCCUGAGCUUCCUAUACUGAUAACAGGUUCACGGGACGGGACUCUUGAGGGUAUCCUCAACUUUGGGCUUAGAAAAGUUCAUGCAUUAGGAUGUAUGAAGGGAUCAAGAAGGAUCGUGAUUGGACAUAGUUAUGGAAUUGCAAUUACUGAUGUUGAUUUUGAAGAAAAUGUUGCCAGCAUGAGCAGAUUCGAAGAUACUAUAUGA